AGCCUCGCUGCUCCUGCUGCUGCUGUCUGGCUGCGGCUGCAUGGUCCGUCAGCACUUGAACGGGGCUGCGAGGGCUCAGGAGGAACUGCAGUUCUGAAGACAGACCGGGCGCUGCUGAGUGGGCUCCCAGUCACACAAAGUGGAUGAGAAUCCCUGCAGGUUUGGAAACUUGGACUUCUUACUGCUUCCCCCACCCAGAGAGGCAGGCAGCAGCGCUACAGGAGAAAAGGGGCAGGGGAACACUGUGAUAAAGGCAGGACGCUGGAAAGAGAAUGUUCUGAGAAGUGUCUCAAGAGAAACUUAUAAGCCACCGAAGAUGGAGAAUGAGACAGUAAGCGACCUGAACCAGACCCAGCUCCAGCCACGAGCUGUGAUGGCCCUAGAGUACCAAGUGGUCACCAUCCUACUUGUGCUCAUCAUCUGUGGGCUGGGCAUUGUGGGCAACAGCAUGGUGGUCCUCGUGGUCAUGAGAACCAAGCACAUGAGGACCCCCACCAACUGCUACCUGGUGAGCCUGGCAGUGGCCGAUCUCAUGGUCCUGGUGGCCGCGGGCCUACCCAACAUCACUGAGAGCGUCUACGGUUCCUGGGUCUACGGCUACAUCGGCUGCCUCUGCAUCACUUAUCUCCAGUACUUGGGCAUCAAUGCUUCCUCUUGUUCGAUCACAGCCUUCACCAUUGAGAGGUACAUAGCCAUCUGCCACCCCAUCAAAGCCCAGUUCCUCUGCACAUUUUCCAGAGCCAAAAAGAUCAUCAUCUUUGUCUGGGCAUUCACAUCCAUUUACUGCAUGCUCUGGUUCUUCUUGCUGGAUCUCAACAUUAGCACCUACAAAGAUGCUAUCGUGGUGUCCUGCGGCUACAAGAUCUCCAGAAAUUACUACUCACCUAUUUACCUGCUGGACUUUGCUGUCUUUUAUUGUGUGCCCAUGAUCCUGGCCACUGUCCUCUAUGGCUUUAUAGCUAGGAUCCUCUUUUUAAAUCCCAUCCCUUCGGAUCCUAAAGAAAACUCUAAGACUUGUAAAAAUGGCUCAACUCAUCAGAACAAGAAUCUGAAUUCGAAGACCUCCAAUAGGUGUUUCAACAGCACCAUAUCGUCAAGAAAACAGGUCACCAAGAUGCUGGCAGUGGUUGUAAUUCUGUUUGCGCUUUUAUGGAUGCCCUACCGGACCCUUGUGGUUGUCAACUCAUUUCUCUCCAGCCCUUUCCAAGAAAAUUGGUUCUUACUCUUUUGCAGAAUUUGCAUUUAUCUCAACAGUGCCAUCAACCCAGUGAUUUACAACCUCAUGUCUCAGAAAUUCCGAGCAGCCUUCAGGAAACUCUGCAACUGUAAGCAGAAGCCAAUGGAGAAACCCGCUAGCUAUAGUGUGGCCCUAAAUUACAGUGUCAUUAAGGAGUCAGAUCACUUCAGCACAGAGCAUGAGGAUAUCACUGUCACUGACACGUAUUUGUCUGCCACGAAAGUGACUUUUGAUGACACCUGUUUGGCUUCUGAAAUAACCUUUAGCCAAAGCUGACUCACGAGAUAGAAGAAAAUGGACCAUAAAGUGAAUCUGUGCAGUUAGCCACCCAAGAGAGGAAAAGACUGAUACUUGUAUGUGAAGACAGAGCAGACAGUCUUUUCCAGCGCUCUAACAAAUCCUGGCCCAAGAUAAUCUAACCCACAGAAUGACUCACAUUUUCCUUCUAGUAUCACAAAACUAAUAUCACAAAAAAUGAAGCAGAUCUGUGAAAGAGCCAAAGGGUGAAAUCUGAGAGUAUAGCCCUUUGCAUUUAAUGUGAGAAGUUCACUUUAUUUUGGGGGCUAUGAAGUUUAGAUAAAACCUAGACAUCAAUUUACAUUAUUUAUAAUAACUCUAUCAAAUGUGAUUUCUCAACUUCCCACCGAAGUAUUUACAUAUGGGUGGGACAAAGUUAGGUUUACAGUUGUUCAUAUGGAAAAUAAUACAAUAAUUCAUAAAUAAUAAUACAAGAAUAAACUCUGUGUUUUGCAUACUCACAACUGGUAAGCCUACUUUGCCUCACUCUGUAUUUGGUAAUUUUGCAGCCUGUGAAUGCUUAAGUGUUUGCAUUUAGCAUUUCAACAAAGUGCAGUGCUAUGACAUGAAUAUCUGAGACUACAGGAAAAAAUAGAAAAAAAUAUUUUUUAUUUAUUGAGUAAAAAUGAGAUUUCAGACAAAUAUGUUCACUAUACUAAAACAAAUACAAAAGGAAAUGUCAUGAUUCUUAUAAAAUUUUGAGAUGAUUUUUAUAUCUUACCAAGUAGACAAUCAUCAUUUUAAGUGUAAUGUAAAACAAACCACAGAAUAGUUAAAAUUAUAAAUUAGGAGGAAAUGUAUAUUUAAUUGUUAGAUAAGUCCAUCUCUUAUCAACUCUUUGAGCCUCCUAAGAGAUGGCUUAGACAUGAGAAUUAUUCAAAUUGAGUAACUGUGGAAAUACAAAUGAACACACAAUUAAUAUUGAAAAACAUUGCCAAGGUAAGACCAAGUAUUCAAAAUAAGGUUUCACUUGUCUCUGAAACUUUAAGAAAAUCCUCCUUGAGUAAGUAUCAUUGUUUGUAAAGUACUGAGCCAUGUCCAGGGAAUAAAUCAUUCUCACUGACUGUAGCUUAAAAGAUGGGAACCUUCUCAAAAGCUCACUUGCUGUUCUGUCAGUCAGUGUGACUCCUCUCUGAUCACUAUAUAUAGCUUACAGAUUUUAACUUGUCUUCACUUGUCUUUCCUUGCUGCCUGCUUGUUAUUUGUAGAUUCUUUAUCUUUUUUCAAUUGCUAGUGAUAUUUUGUUUACAGAGUCUAAAUCAAAGCAAUGCAAUAUGCUGUUGGCUUUAUUUUCAAUAGACCUAAAACUGAUUUCAACUCAUAAUCAGUAUCUCUUUAUAGCUAUGAUUUAGACUUGCUAGUCUGUAUCAGUGAUUAUUACAGAGCUAUGAAUGUAAAUUUUCCGAAGACAGUGUCUGGUCUUACUUUACUCCCUUUCAAAAUGACUCAUCUACUAAGAUCUGGCCAAUCACCAUCUCCAAGUAUAUAAACUGCCCUUGUGAUGACAGUAAUAGCUAAUUUUUAAUGACUUGGCCAGAAGUACUGGGUACUUCUAAGUAUCCCAUAGGCUAAAAUGUUCUCUCUCUAACCUGUAUCUCUUUUUGUGCAUUUUUCUGGAACCCAGUUGCUACUGAUAAUUAUUCCACCCCACCUUCUUAAUGAAGAAGACAUCAUUCUGUUUUAGAAACUUUUUAAAAUGCUGCUUUGCCAUCCAGAACCUCAUUUCAGGAUAGGCUUUUGUAAAAAUUGGCCUCAUCCACUCCAGGAAGACAUUCAUAUCCUGUCACUGUGUCAGUAAACAAAUACAGCAAAUCUAUAUAUGUAAAAGGCUAAUAUGCAAAGUGUUCCCAUAGGAGUUCGACCAGGAGACCAAGAGUGCUAUUGCUUGCUAUGACAUGCAUUGACCACCAGGAGGCACAUGGAAUG